UCAUCUCUUUUCUGCCCGCCACUAACUAAGCUAACUUGUCGGCGGUUUCUUUGCAAAAUCCACAGUUUCUGUUUGUAUUUUGCGUUAAGAAUUAGUUCCACUGCGAAAAGCAAUGGUUGACGAUGAAUCAAAAGCUGCUGAGCAGUCAAAAGGGCCGUGUGUCUUCAAAAAAUUCACUCGCAAAGCUGUAGCACGCAAGCGGCACGAUAGUGAUGACGAAAAAGGAAAUUUAAGUGGAGACAGUGAUAGUGGUGAUGAGUCUCAGGUCGUCAGAAAAGAGAAGAAGCGUCGGCUUGGAAAUCCUUUGAUCCAAUCGUCGAAUAGUGCCAAACAACCAGCUAAAAGGGCGAAAUGUGACUCUAGCAGCAGUUCUAGCGAGGAGGAAGAAGCAGAAAACAAAGUGGGCGUUUCCUACAAGUCUCGAGGGGCGGCUUUGAACGACGGCCCAAAAGACCAAGGUGCCACUGCGACGCUGGAAACAGAAACAGAUUUCUCUCGAGACGCCCAAGCCAUCUACGAACGUUCCUUGGCCGUCAACAAAGAGCUGAAGGGAAAGGAAGACGAUAAAGUCUACAGAGGAAUGGCAAAUUAUGCUCAAUACUAUGAGAAAAAGGACACUGCUCAAGGAAAUGCGGCCAGUGGCUCUGUGAGAAAAGGUCCCAUCCGAGCGCCCACUAAUUUGCGUGCGACCGUCCGAUGGGAUUACCAGCCCGAUAUUUGCAAGGACUAUAAAGAGACCGGCUACUGCGGCUUCGGAGACAGUUGCAAAUUCCUGCACGACCGUUCGGACUACAAAUUCGGCUGGCAGUUGGAGCGCGAAGCAGCCGACGGAAGCUACGGCGCUGACGACGAUGAUCCUUCCAAGUACGAAAUCCACUCCGAUAACGAAGACUUGCCUUUCAAGUGCUGGAUUUGCAGGGAUUCGUUUAAGAAUCCAGUCAUGUCUAAGUGCAAACACUAUUUCUGCGAGAAAUGUGCGUUAGAGAAUUACAAGAAAACGUCAAAGUGCGCCGUGUGUAAUGCGCAGACCAAUGGUGUAUUUAAGCCGGCAAAGGAUAUCAUCGAGCGCAUGUCGAACGCCGCCGAAGAGACUAAAACGCAAAAGGCCACCAACUCGGACUCUCCACUUGAUUCUGAUUCUGAUUAGGGUUGGUGAAUUAAAGUGCAAAUCGAUUUUUAACAUUAAACAAAAAUAUAGAAGCGA